AUGGCCGCUAAUACUUCUUCAGCUAACUUUAUCAAAACAUCUACCAAUGCAACUAACAAGAAAUCCAAUUCCAUUUGGAAUGAUUUCCAAGAUGUUUAUAGAGUAUCAAUGAAAUCGUAUUGGGAUGCACUUGAUAAAUAUCCAAAAUUGAAAUUAAUUGAUAUAUUUUGUCUAUUUUUGGUUAUUAUCGGUGUUAUACAAUUUGCCUUCCUAUGUUUAAUUCGUGAUAACUUCCCAUUCAACGCAUUUCUGUCUGGGUUUAUAAUAUGUGUUGGCCAAUUUGCUUUGUUAAUAUCUUUCAGAAUGCAAUAUUUGAAUCCAUUCCCAGGAAUCUCUAAGAAUAGAGCUUUUGGUGAAUUCAUAGUAGCUAGUUUAAUACUUCAUUUUAUCUGUUUACAUUUUAUUAAUUAG